CGCCGAGUCCAACCUCCACUUCAGCCCCCGCCACUCCUCUCCGCUCCGCCUCGUCCCGCCCCGGUGCGCCGGCCACUCAGGGGAGGAGCGCCGGGCAGAGCCGGGAGAGAGACGCCGGGGGGUCGGGCUGCUGCUUUCCCAGAGCGACUCGAGAGGCGCAGCGAGGAGAUUCGCCCCUCCACCGUCUUUUUGGAUUUGCUGAACUGCCCGACAGCGAAGAGGAGCGGAUCGGCUGUGCGAUCCUCAGCAGUGCCCUGAGACUGUAUAGCCGGAGCCGCGGAGAGCGCACCUGCACCUGGAGCACACGAGACAAGCCAGUCAUGACGGCAGACAAGGAGAAGAAGAGGAGCAGUUCAGAGAGACGGAAAGAGAAGUCUCGCGAUGCUGCCCGUUGUCGGCGGAGCAAGGAGACGGAGGUUUUCUACGAACUGGCACACCAGCUGCCUCUGCCUCACAGCAUCAGCUCCCACCUAGACAAAGCUUCCAUCAUGCGCCUGACCAUCAGCUUUUUAAGGACUCGCAAGCUCCUGUCAUCAACUAUACCAAGCAGCGACAGUGGAAGUGACAAAUAUAUGGACAGCUUAUACCUAAAGACUCUGGAUGGAUUCAUUGCUGUGGUGACGCAAGAUGGGGAUAUGAUCUUCUUGUCAGAAAACAUCAACAAAUUUAUGGGCCUGACACAGGUAGAACUUACUGGGCACAGCAUCUUUGACUUCACCCACCCCUGUGACCAUGAAGAAAUUCGAGAAAAUCUCAGUCCGAAACACGGUCCUGGCUUCAGCAAGAAGAACAGAGAAGAGAGUUCAGUGCGUGACUUCUUCAUGCGGAUGAAGUGCACCGUUACCAACCGUGGCCGCACUGUUAAUCUAAAAUCUGCAAGUUGGAAGGUCCUGCACUGCACUGGCCACCUCAAGAUGUACAAUAGCCGCCACCCUCACACUCUGUGUGGCUUUAAGGAGCCACCCCUGAACUGUGUAAUCAUGAUCUGUGAACCCAUCCCACAUCCCAUCAACAUAGACAUCCCUCUGGACAGCAAGACCUACCUGAGUCGCCACAGCAUGGACAUGAAAUUCACAUACUGCGAUGACAGGAUUACUGAGUUGAUGGGCUACUCCCCUGAGGAGCUGCUCGGACGAUCCAUCUAUGAUUUUUACCAUGCGCUUGAUUCUGAUAGCUUGACCAAAAGCCAUCAUAACUUGUGUACUAAAGGACAGGCCGUUUCUGGGCAGUACCGCAUGCUGGCAAAGCAUGGUGGGUAUGUAUGGAUUGAGACCCAAGGGACGGUUAUCUACAACAGUCGCAACUCCCAACCACAGUGCAUCGUGUGCAUCAAUUAUGUGCUGAGUGAGAUUGAGGAAGACAGCAUCAUCUUUUCCAUGGACCAGACAGAGUCACUUUUCAAGCCACAUGUCAUCAGCAUGAGCAACUUCUUCUCAAGUGGCAUGCCAGCAUCUGACAGCAGUGAGCUUCUGUUCACAAAGCUGAAAGAGGAGCCAGAAGAACUUGCCCAACUGGCCCCCACACCUGGAGAUGCCAUCAUUUCCUUAGACUUUGGGGCAAAGCCAUUUGAUGAACCUCCCAUCUUCAAUCAGAAGGCGAUUCAUCCCCCCAAGAAGGCCUGGCUUCAAAUGGAGAACAUCAAGACAAAUAGCCAUUCAGAGGCAAACAAUCUUGGAGCCUUCAUCGUACCACAAGGAGCCCCUGGGAGCUGCACACCCAGCCUCAGUAGCACUAGCAGCUGUUCAACGCCAAGCAGUCCGGGAGACUACUACAGCACCAUGGACAGUGAACUGAAGGUGGAGCUGACAGAAAAGCUGUUUGCAAUGGAUACUGAAUCCAAAAGCCAGUGCCAAACUCAGCCCGAGCUCAGUGAUCUGGACCUGGAGACCCUAGCACCUUAUAUCCCAAUGGAUGGAGAAGAUUUCCAGUUGAACCCUAUUUGCCAGGAGGAACAUCCUCUGGUUGAGAACCCUCCCAGUAACAGGAAUCCCAGCUUUAGCAAUGUUACCAGUCUCUUUCAGCCUCUGGUUUCGGAUAAGUUCUGCUCUGUCUUUGCACCACCCAACGAGAAGCCAAGUUCCAACACUGUGCCUCACAGACCCCACACUCUCCUGUCCUAUGCAGGAAGUAACGUGGCACCCCCGUACUUAACACCUUCCAGCACUCCACUUUCUUCAAUGGGAGGACGGCAAAACAUACAGUGGCCUCCCGAUCCUCCAUUUAAUUGCCCGCUAGCGAAGUGGAGAGCUGUAGAUCAGCUUUCAGGGAUAACGGCGCAUCAGCCACACCACCAGCCUUCAGUCUACAAACAAAGGUCUCUUGAAGACUUCUUUCACCAAAACAAAGAAAUGAUUGCAGUACAACAGGAUUUCAUCAACAGUUUCAAGCGCAAAAGACACUUGGAGUUUAGCCAACAGACAGCGUUUCAGGAGGAGGCUCUGGGAAAUCCACCGCAAAGCAAAGCCACGUGGAAGAAGCUGAAAGCUGUCAAAGCCGAAAACCGUGCGUUGAUUGAGAAAUCUCUCAGCACAAGUGCAAUACCAGACAAAUUUGAUCCUGGACAAGAAGUAGCAGAACAACCACUGAACUCACUCCACCACAAAAUGUCUCUUUGUUCAGAACACGGUGCUAAUGAUCAAAGAAUCGCAUUUCCACGGCAACCAUACGGACCAGGAUAUCGAGAAUUUACCGUUCUGCCAGCACAAAAACUUGAAGGUAUGGCAACCCGCCUACUUGGACCAACCUUCGACAGCUACUCGUUGCCAGAACUGACCCGAUAUGACUGUGAAGUCAAUGUGCCACUCCACGGGCACCUGAACCUAUUGCAAGGAAGAGACCUACUGCGGGCACUUGACCAGGGCUCCUAAAAGCAGCUGCAGUAACCUGUAGCUUGUAUCAGUUUAAAUGAAUGCAGCUUUUGUUCUUUUAUUAAAAAAAAAAAAAGUAUAUAUUUUUUUGCAGGUAGACAAUUUCUAAUACAGAUAUUACGAUUUUACAUACUUGUUCGCUGUGUAUGCAUUUACCAGUGGUGGCCUUUUCCUCUGUAGUAAACUCACACAUUUACAGACCUGAGAGAGAAGGAGAGAGAUUGUAUGCGUUAUUCAGUUCACUGUUAAGCAAAUCUGCAUUGCCUUAAAACGUAAAGAGGGAUUUGGAUUUUCUUUAUCCAUUUCAUUUUUAUUUUUUUUUGUUUUGGGAGGGGGACUGUGUUUUAUGUAACAACUUUGCUAGUGAGAUCCAUUCCUGAGUGCAUUGCAAAAGCUUGAUCUUUCUCUCUCAACAUAUUCACGUAGGAACACACUAACCUUUUAGCCGUAAACACUUUGGUGUGGGAGAGGGUCAAUGUUUAUCUAAAUUAACAGUAGCAUAUUUAUAGAAAUAUAGAGAAAGAGAAACUUGGACUAGAGUGAUCUCUGUAGCCUCCUUAUCUGGAAUUUCUCUCUCUCUCAAGUAAACCGAAAAGUGCACUCUUGAGCUUUUCCACAUAUACUAUUCAUAAUUCACGUCGAAGCAGUUUCAUAUUAACUUGCCUUGGUACUUUAAAAAGAUCUAUCCACUCAGCACCAAAUGAAGCCUUGUUCACAUUCUUAACCAACAUUAACAGCAAAAAAAAAAAAAGAAAUGACUAUUUUAUUGUAUUAUUGUUAUUAAUAUAUUUUGUGUUGAUUAGUAUUUACCUGUUGUAAAAGUGGCAUUUGAAAGCAAUCUGAAAGAGAAAUGUUGCAAUCAGGUCAGUGCCGGGUAGGCAACUGAUGUCCUGUUUAAUGUGUAGCAGAAUUUAUGUUUGUAAUUUAAGAAAAGUAUAUUUUAUAUAUUACACACGCACACACAUGCAUAUACGUAUAUGUACAUAUAUAUAUAUAUGUGUGUGCAUAUAUAAAAAAAAGUCGCACUGCAUUACCCACAUGCCUUUUUGUUUUGUUCUCAGGACCCUGAUUUGCUCACCAUUCUUGAACGGGCCCAUUGCUUGAUUUGCCUUUAGAGCUGACUACUCUACUUCUCGUCUGCAUUUUUUAAAUAUAUAUAUAUAUAUAUAUACAGGGUGAUUCAUCCGAUUUCAAAAUGAUUUAUUUCACUUGUAAAUCAUUACAGAACAAUGCAGUCAAUUGUAAGUGGUUUAGGUGAGCGUAAAGUUAAUUGUGUAAUUUUACAAGUGCUCAAUAUGGCCUCCCGCAGCUGUACAGACAACAUCAACGCGACAGUCAGAGUCAUCCCAUUCUCGAUUGUCACUGUACUUGCGGCUCUUUCAAUGCGAUUUCCGGAGAUCAUCCAGUGUUGUUGGGAGUGGUGGCACAUAAACAGAAUCCUUAACGUACCCCAAACCGAAAAAAAGUCACACGGCGUGACAUCUUGGGGGCCAGAAGUGGGAAGUUGCCAAAUCGUGGGCUCCUUUACGGCCAAUCCAGCGACAAGGGAGCUCAUCGUCGUUGAGAAAUGUGCAGACUGAAGGCAGCCAUCUUGCGGUGACAGUCAGAAACUCUCCGAGCCCCUCUUUCAAUUGGUAUGUGCGCCUCAUGGUUGUAAAAAUAUGGCACUUUGAAAUCGGAUGAAUCCUUUUGAAUCACCCAGUAUAUAUAAAAUCUGCCUUUCUGUGCCAGGGUGACACCCUUACCCAUUUCUGCUGGUUCAACCAGUGAAAACUCUGCUAUGCCAUAUCAAAUUUGAAAUGUAAUUUCUAGCUUUCUGUACUGAAGAAUACCAGUUGUAUUUCCCUUGUUCUCAAGCUCUGUUUGAUUUUUGUAAGCUGGAUUGCUGAUGCUUCAGAAGGUGGUGAAAGAUGAGAUGCCAUUCAUUAUGGGAGGCUGCUCUGCCCUGACCAGUGCUGCGACUUCAAUACGUGCCAUGGCUUUGGGCUGUGCAAAAACUUGGUAACUCUGCACUGAUAGCACCUAAAUUCUGGAACUCUGUACCCCCCCCCCCCCUUUAUAAAAUGUCCUUCAUCUAAAGACAUUACCUAUGAAAAAAUAAUCUUUAAGUCAGAAUUGGACUGAUGGAAAAAGAGCAAAUGAUAACAACCAAGAUGGCGGAUUCAUGAGAAGGCUUCCCCUGGGACAUGUCUCUAAAUGUUUUGUGCUGCAGCUGGAGUGCUAACAGUGCCUGAACUGUAACCCAAAGCCCUUGGGCUGCCGGACCCCAAUGCUUAUCAAUCCCCUUGAUACCCUUUAAAAUCCGCCUGAUUAUCUUGUGAAGAAGCUGGCACCAGUUUUGUGGUUACGUGGCAUCUGAUGGGCGACCUGCUGCCUCUUUCUCCUUCUUGUUUCUUGCCUUUUUAAUAAGCUUGUUUUUUGUAUCUCUUGACCAAACUUCUUUCAUCGAUGGCCAUUUUUUAAGGUUUGAUAGGUGCAUUAAGUGAUGACCAGUAACUUUUGAGCUCUGCUGCGGAGUUCGUAUUGGCAUUAUUUGUGUAACGGGGGCCUUUAACCCAGUGAGGUGUUGUAUCUUUACACUGAUAUCCUAUUAAAGUAUACUGAUCCUACACUG